CUGGCGGUCUCUGGAGGGGGCUGAGUGGCCUCCUGGUGGCACAGGUGGGAGGAGCCAAAGAAGGCACAUCUUGUGGCUCAGGUGCGGUUGGCAGAGGCAGAGCCUGCAGUGGGCAGGGGGCCAGCGGGAGUUGGGGAUGGGGGAGGCACAACCUGGCCAAGGAGGGCCCACAAGCCAAGGGAACAAGGAGGAGUUCCAGGGAGGGAAUUCGAGACCUUGGAGGGGAGAAGGAGCAGGCUCUGAGAGGCAGCCCCAGGGCGGUGACCGUGCUUCCUGUUGGGGCAAGCGCUGGCCCUUGAGAAAGACUGUCUGGGGCUGGCUGCUAAGAGGGAGCAGCUGGUCUAAGUGGGGCAGCAGGGGCUGGGGGAGGGGAGAGACAAAGGCAGGAGCUGACGGAACCUCCACCCCUCUCCCCACAUUAGAGAUGGGGCCCCCAUCUUGACUGCUCAGGAUGUUUUGCUUAUGAUAGGAAAGAUGGUGGUUAGAUACCAUGGGGAACUUCCUAUCUCAGGGAUUGGAGUUCCUGGAGCAGUGGAGCAAGGAUGGGACCCAGGUGAGCCCGGGUGCCCGCUGCCCCAGCUCCCCCGGCACAGGCCGCCCCAGGCCCCGCGUGGACACGCCUGGCUUUCAACCCCAGCCCAUGGACCUGCGGGUGGGCCAGCGGCCCGCGGUGGAGCCCCCGCCGGAGCCUGCGCUGCUCGCCCUGCAGCACCCCCAGCGCCUGCACCAUCACCUCUUCUUCGCAGGCCUGCAGCCUCGCUCCGCGGAGUCCAUGAGGCUCCCCAUGGACACGCCGGUGCCCCAGCUGCAGGUGGGGCCUCAGGAGCAGGAGCUGCGGCAGCUUCUCAAUAAGGACAAGAGCAAGCGAAGUGCCGUGGCCAGCAGUGUGGUCAAGCAGAAGCUGGCAGAAGUGAUUCUAAAGAAGCAGCAGGCAGCCCUAGAGAGAACAGUCCAUUCCAACAGCCCCAGCAUUCCCUACAGAACUCUCGAGCCCUUGGAGACGGAAGGAGCUGCUCGCUCUAUGCUCAGCAGCUUUCUGCCUCCUGUUCCCAGCCUGCCCAAUGACCCCCCAGAACACUUCCCUCUCCGAAAGACAGUCUCUGAGCCCAACCUGAAGCUACGCUACAAGCCCAAGAAGUCCCUGGAGCGGAGGAAGAACCCCCUGCUCAGAAAGGAGAGCGCCCCGCCCAGCCUGCGGCGGCGGCCUACCGAGACCCUUGGCGACUCUUCCCCGAGUAGCAGCAGCACGCCAGCCUCGGGCUGCAGUUCCCCCAAUGACAGCGAGCACGGCCCUAACCCAGUCCUGGGCUCCGAGGCGCUCUUGGGCCAGCGGCUGCGGCUGCAGGAGACCUCUCUGGCCCCGUUCGCCUUGCCGACAGUGUCCUUGCUGCCCGCAAUCACGCUGGGGCUACCUGCCCCUGCCAGGGCUGAUGCUGACCGUAGGACCCAUCCGACUCUGGGCCCUCGGGGGCCGGUCCUGGGGAGCCCCCAUGCUCCCCUCUUCCUGCCCCAUGGCCUGGAGCAUGAGGCUGGAGGCCCCUUGCCCUCUCGACUACAGCCCAUCCUCCUCUUGGAUCCCUCAGUUUCUCACACCCCUCUGCUGACUGUGCCCGGGCUUGGGCCCCUGCCCUUCCACUUUGCCCAGUCCUUACUGACCACCGAGCGGCUCUCUGGGUCAGGCCUCCACCGGCCACUAAGCCGGACCCGCUCAGAGCCCCUGCCCCCAAGCGCCACCGCCCCCCCACCGCUGGGCCCCCUGCAGCCCCGCCUGGAACGGCUCAAACCUCACGUCCAGCUGAUCAAGAGGCCAGCCAAGCCCAGUGAGAAGCCCCGACUGCGGCAGAUACCCUCCGCUGAGGACCUAGAGACAGAUGGUGGGGGAGUGGGGCCAGUGGGGGAUGACGGCCUGGAACACAGGGAAUCAAGCCACGGGCAGCAUGAAGCCAGAGGCCCUGUUCCUCUCCAGCAGCACCAGCAGGUGUUCCUCUGGGAGCAGCAGCGACUGGCUGGACGGCUCCCCCGGGGAGGAACUGGGGACUCUGUACUGCUUCCCCUGGCCCAGGGCAGUCACCGGCCCCUGUCCAGGGCUCAGUCAUCCCCGGCCGCUCCUGCCUCAUUGCCAACUCCAGAGCCCGCCAGUCAGGCCCGUGUCCUGCCCAGCUCAGAAACCCCUUCCAGGAGCCUGCCCUUCACCACAGGGCUCGUCUACGAUUCGGUCAUGCUGAAGCACCAGUGCUCCUGCGGGGACAACAGCAGGCACCCGGAGCACGCAGGCCGGAUCCAGAGCAUCUGGUCCCGGCUGCAGGAGCGGGGGCUCCGGAGCCAGUGCGAGUGUCUCCGGGGCCGGAAGGCCUCCCUGGAGGAGCUGCAGUCCGUGCACUCGGAGCGGCACGUGCUCCUCUAUGGCACCAACCCGCUCAGCCGCCUCAAACUGGACAAUGGGAAGCUGGCAGGGCUCCUGGCACAGCGGAUGUUUGUGAUGCUGCCCUGUGGUGGGGUAGGGGUGGAUACCGAUACCAUCUGGAACGAGCUGCAUUCCUCCAACGCAGCCCGCUGGGCCGCUGGUAGUGUCACUGACCUCGCCUUCAAAGUAGCUUCCCGUGAGCUAAAGAAUGGUUUUGCAGUGGUUCGGCCCCCAGGACACCAUGCUGACCAUUCCACAGCCAUGGGCUUCUGCUUCUUCAACUCCGUGGCCAUCGCCUGCCGGCAGCUUCAACAGCAGGGCAAGGCCAGCAAGAUCCUCAUCAUGGACUGGGAUGUUCACCAUGGCAACGGCACCCAGCAGACCUUCUACCAGGACCCCAGUGUGCUCUACAUCUCCUUGCAUCGCCAUGAUGACGGCAACUUCUUCCCAGGAAGCGGGGCCGUGGAUGAGGUGGGAGCUGGUAGCGGUGAGGGCUUCAAUGUCAACGUGGCCUGGGCUGGAGGCCUGGACCCCCCGAUGGGGGAUCCUGAGUACCUGGCUGCCUUCAGGAUGGUCGUGAUGCCCAUCGCCCGAGAGUUCUCUCCGGACCUGGUCCUGGUGUCAGCUGGGUUUGAUGCCGCCGAGGGUCACCCAGCUCCACUGGGUGGCUACCAUGUUUCCGCUAAAUGUUUUGGGUACAUGACACAGCAGCUGAUGAGCUUGGCGGGAGGUGCGGUGGUGCUGGCCUUGGAAGGUGGCCAUGACCUCACAGCCAUCUGUGAUGCGUCCGAGGCCUGUGUGGCUGCUCUUCUGGGCAACAAGGUGGACCCUCUUUCAGAAGAGGGCUGGAAACAGAAACCCAACCUCAAUGCCAUCCGCUCUUUGGAAGCCGUGAUCCGGGUGCACAGUAAAUACUGGGGCUGCAUGCAGCGCCUGGCUUCUUGUCCGGAUUCCUGGGCACCCAGGGUGCCAGGGGCCGACGCAGAAGAGGUGGAGGCAGUGACCGCACUGGCAUCCCUGUCCGUGGGCAUCCUGGCUGAGGAACGGCCCCCAGAACAGCUGGUGGAGGAGGAAGAACCAAUGAAUCUCUAAGGCUCCAGAAGAAUGGACCUGCCACCCACCCUGCCCUUCGGACCUGGUUCUUGUCUAGCCUCUGGCAACCGUACCCAUUCCCGGGGUCUUCAGACAGCCUUCGGGCAGGUAGUCGGGGCCAGAGAACAGCCCCUUGUGGUCACCCCAAGGAGCCUGAAAAAGGCCCUGGGUCUAGGAUAGGGACCAAAGAGGACCCGGAGAGGAGGCAGGCUGGGCAGCCAGCCAGGCCUCAGUAGCACUCUUUCAAAAACAGAGUCUACCCCUUUGGGGUCCAGGCCCUGGGCUGGGCCCCCAUUCCUCAGGACUGCACAGAGGAGGACUAGCUCAGUCGGGCCCACCAAUAACCACUAUUCUUGGCUCUGUAGACCCUGGGCUUUGCACACAGCCCCAGGCUCCACACAGAAAUGUGAACUUGGCCUCGGCCAGGGUGGUCCUUCCUAAGCUCUGAGGGCUGGGCUGGAGUGGGGAAAGGGGGACGGGUCGGAGGAGCCAUGGGGUCCGCUGUCCCUGAGUAUGGGGGCAUCCUUCUUGCCUGCUUCCUCAGAUGACUCUGGAAGCUUCCUCUCCCCGCCUCCCCAACCCCACCCCAUCAAUGGGCAGGGAGACAAAGCUCCUUCCGAGAGAGUAGUCAUCGGCAGGCCUCCCAUCUGGUCCCUGCCCCCGCCAGAGGCCACCCUACGUCAACCAUCUCAGUGCCCUGGCAGAGCAGACAGGUGCUCUGGGAGUUCCAUGCUUCCUGAGCCAACGGUGCCAAACUCUUCAUCUCCCCUCAGCAGCACAGCAUGGCCGCCAGGGGCCCCUGGGUCACUGCCUCCCUCCAUGAGCCUUCUCUCUUUCUGGGGUCUCCCUCACUCAGCUCUGACUCCUGCCCUACAUAGGACUAGCUUGGCUGAGGGGAAAGGGGGUGGGAGAGUGGACACAAGACAUGGGGGAGGGGAGGCUGCCCUGGCAAAGUCUUCAAGGCUUCUGGGGUUCAGGCCUGGGGCCAAGAAGGAAAGUGUUUGUGUGUGUGUGAGAGAGAGAGGGAGAGGGAGAGUAAGAGUAUGUAUGUUUGUGAGUUAGAGAGUACGUGUGUGUGUGUGUGUGUGUUCCCCAGGACCAUCAUACCCUGUGUACGUAUGCAUGUUUUUGUAAAAAAGAGAAAAAAAAAGAAAAAAAAAUGGAAAAAAAAUCUGAACAAUAAAUGUUUUAUUUGCUUUA